UGCGCGAGCGGUUCCCUUUGCGCGCAAGUGCAACGCAUACGCAAACAGGCACCCGCUCAUGUUCUAUCAACUAGCGCGAGGCCUCCAAUGCAUCCGACACCGGGAGAAGAGUAUCACGCAUCAGCGCUAGAUGACUAGAGGAGCUUAAAUUGGAAGGUGAUAAGAUUAGUCCCUUUCAGUCCUCUCUGUCGCCACAUUCAUUGAAGUGGCAAUUCAAGUGUGCUUUGGGUGCGUUUCCGCUGAAUUGGGGAUUAUUGCGUGAUGGAGUGUUCGGUAAAGGAUAAAACGAUCGUAGUAACCGGUGCCGGACAAGGCAUUGGAAAUGAGCUCUGCCGGACGUUGGAUCAGCUCGGCGCUAAGGUGAUCGCCGUAUCGCGUUCCAGUGGGCCGUUGGAAGAGUUGAAAGCCGACUGUCCGCGGAUUGAGACGGUCCAGGUCGACUUAAGUGAUUGGAGCGCGACCAGGACUGCCCUUGCGCCGCUCGGAAAGGUCGAUGGGCUGGUAAACAAUGCCGGUGUUGCAAUCAUAAAGCCAUUUCUCGAGCUAACGGAGGAAGAUUACGAUCGCACAUUCGCUGUAAAUGUAAAGGCCGCUUUCAAUGUCGCUCAGAUUCUGGUGCCCAAAAUGGAGGGCGGCGCAAGCAUCGUCAACGUAUCGUCCCUGGCGGGGCUUAAAGCCAUCCACGGCCACUGCGCUUACUCCAUGUCGAAGGCGGCCAUCGAUGGUUUGACGCAGAAUUUAGCCCUCGAGCUUGGACCGCGCAAAAUCCGCGUCAACAGCGUCAAUCCGACCGUCAUUCUGACGCGCAUGGGACGGGACAAUUGGUCUGAUCCGGCGAAGGCGGAUCCGCUGAAAGCGAAAAUUCCGCUCGGGCGGUUCGGGGAGGUUAGCGAGGUGGUCGAACCGAUCGUCUAUCUGCUGAGCGAUCGGUCCAGCUUCGUAAACGGCCACAUGCUGCCGAUCGAGGGUGGAUUUUUGGCCGGGAAUUGACUUGCUUCCAAUGGGAACGAACCAUUCCAAUGUAAAGAAUACACGCGGGAGGGAUAUUAGUUUUAUCAUUUCAAAUCAAAGUUUAUUUUCAUUGCAUGUGGGUAUGUGUGUGUGUUGGCGGACAUUUGCGGUCGCAGUAACAGAUGCGGAGGGGAUGAGAAUUCAUGAGAUAAAAGCAUAAAUACAACGCUACACCAUUGAGUGAUACACAGGCAAACGCAAAAUUAAAACUAGUAAAUGAUUGUAGAAUGUAAACGGCCUGCAAAUGAAUCAUCACACCUUUUGACUAAUCGAUCGUUUGGUUUGGUACGCAUUCUUCAGCAGAUCCCACACACGGUACAUACACAUCUUGAUAGCGACUACAUUAUGAGAGUUGAUUGUUUCAGCUGUGGCGCAAAUAUACGGUUGGCGAUUGUGAGUUUAACUUCCGCUUCCAUUUCAGUACACAUUCGUUUAUGGUGAUUUUACCCUCUGAAAUCGUCUGUGAUAGUGUUGUGAUGAAGCGUUCUGGCAUGUAUUGUUUGUGCGCCUUGUCUCUUUUCCUUUUGCCGCCAUGAUUCCGAUUCCGAAUGGUAGCGUUUUUAAGUACAGGUUUGAGGCUCUUCGCUUCGCUUUUCGAGUUUUUUGCGAGUGCACUUACAGUCUAGUAACACAAAUCGAUUGAAAUAUUCGCCCUGCGCGGGAAAGGGCGCGUUAGAAUAGCGUGUACAGCCCGAUCUCACUUAACGAGUAUAUAAUCACUAAACAUCAAAUCACGUUAACAAACACAACCGAUUGGAAUUGUAUGAGAAAAAUCCGGCGGGCGAGAAAGCCAAAAUGAAAUCGGAAAUCGGUUUGUGUGGAUCGAGAUUCGGUGAGAUGGUUCUUGUUUUUUUAGCCAUACGAUUCCGUUCAAAUAAUCUGCCGUUUAGCUUCUGUAUGCCAUUUCCGUCUGAUAUUCAGCUAUUUAGGUCUGUUAACAGACGCGAACGAAAGAAAAGGCAUACUGGCAUCAAAUGUAACUUUCUCGCACCUAACGCAUGCCACUUUUGUUCCGAAAACUGACCCGAGGUGUAACUACUGCUGCCUUAAUGCGUGUGUGUGUGUUUCCAUCCUUCAGCGCAAAAUGGUUUUGUGUCGUAUUGUUUUUCUUUUUGGCGAAACGGUUUUGCCCAGCAGCGUAUCAGAUUGUGACUGUUGUGACGUCACGGCGCAUGCAGAAACGUGACCAUCCGGACACCCUAUCAUUAGGCAGUGCCGACACCGAUCGCAACGCCCGCCGCAAAGGCACAGAGGAAAAUGUGUAGAUCGUUCACCUUGCAGCCGGUCUCGUCA